CUAGGCCAAAAGCUUUUGAUUGAUCCAGUCAGUAAAAAGUAAACGAGCCAAAAAUAAAUUUUUCGCAAGAUGGCAGCCACCAUGAAAGACAGUGAUGCUCAGGUUACAUAUGAAGACCAGCAAAAGAUCAACAGGUUUGCACGAACCAAUGCCCGUCUUAUGGAUUUUAAAGAAGAGUUAGCAGCCAAAGAGAAAGAGCUAGAGAAUUUAAAAGAUGCUGAGGAAGAGUUAAUGCUGGCUGAGGGGGAUGCUGAGGUUAUUCCAUAUCAGAUUGGGGAAGUUUUGGUAGAAAUGAAUGUUGAAGAUGCUCAGUCUGCCCUAGAAAAAGCCAAGGAACUGUGCUUAGAAGAGAUUGCGGCUCUGAAACAGAAGGCUGAAAACCACAAGGAAACACUGAAUGACCUAAAGACAGCACUUUAUGCUAAAUUUGGCACAAACAUCAACCUAGACUUAGAUGAUGAGAGUUAAAUUAGUAUUACAAAUAUUUAAUUUAUUAUAAUUUUGUCAUCAUUUUGUAAACAAACUUUUAUAAAAUUAUCAUUAAAACUGAACGUGUGCAUAAUUGUGUUCUGUGGACGUUUUUAAAAAUAGCUUUUAAGCCUACAUAUU